GGUUGAUGUAAUCCGAUUAAAUACCAUUGGCAUUGUUGUGGCAAUUUUCCAACCACAAGUGAGACAAGUGCAGUGGGAAUUGGAUCAGCAUUAUAUUUGGCAACCGAAAUGGGACCGCCAUCACUGGUAAUCCUAUUCACAGUCAUUGUGCUGCUCUACAUGGUCUACAGAUGGCUGAGAUUGCCCCCCUUCCCUGUGGGUAGGUGCAGGCAGUUUGUAGAGCGCUCCAGAGCUGGGCCUAUAGCUCACAGGGCUGGCAGACCAGAGAACACAUUGGCUGGGAUCAGGAGGGCUGAACAGGAGGGUGCUCCAGGAGUGGAAGUGGACCUGGCAUUCACAAAGGACAGUGUAGCUGUGUUACUGCACGAUAAGACUGUUGAUCGAACCAGUAAUGGAUCCGGGAAAUUGUCGGAACUCACAUUUGAGGAAGUCCGAAAACUAAACUUUGGGAAUGAUAGUACUUCCGAGUCCAUACCGACCUUGGAGGAGGCUCUGAGAUUGUGUGAGGAGCUUGACCUGCAGGUAUACUUGGAGGUCAAGAGAGGUCAUGACAAAGCUGUGGCGGCCAUAGCCGACUGUUUGAGACGAUCACCAGCGCUCUAUAGACUUGUGGUUGUGGUCAGCUUCUGCCCCCUGGCUCUGUACAAGAUGCGUGCUGCUGACCCAAACAUCAACUGUGGCAUGAUCUUGAUAGGUACGAAGUUUGUUUUGCAAUCGAAAGGCUUUCAAGAAUCAGUGUGGACGGCCACCUUUGCAUUGUGCUGUGAUUGGACGCUGAGAUGGUGUGUCAGAAACUGGCUCUUAGGGUUCCUAGGAGUGAACAUGCUGUUACCUCAGAAGGAAAUGGUACUAAAUAAUGCUCUUGGGUCUGGAAGCUAUUGGGAGGGACGAGGAGUUAGUCUGGUCACCUGGACUGUUAACAAGAGAGAAGAGAAGAAGAUUAUGAAAAGUGAACUCAAGAUAGCAUUCUUAUCAGACAGUGUGAACCCUGACCUCACAGCACCUGAACAAUUUGAACUACAUAAACACUAAAUGACUGUUAUUUUUCAAUUUCAUUUUUUCACCAUAACAUUACUGCAUUAUGAUAACCGUUAGAGCGUAACAUAAUUAUUAUUGAACAAA